UGAGCAGGCGCAGGCUGAGAGAUUCGUGCGUCGUUCGGAGAGAGCCGCUGAGGAGCUUGGGAUAUUGCGGCCCAGGGAGUCUGGCAGCGAAACGAUCGUUCGGUGGCCGUUACUCUGCGCGCGAGGGUCUUUUUUUUUUUUUCCUCCCUUGCGAUUAGAGCGACGGGAAGCGCCGAGGGACAUACGAAGGAGGCGUCUCCCGAUUUCCCAGGGCCCUUAACCCGUCGGCUCUCGAUGCGUUUGUAAGUGCCGGAGCAGGAGGCAGCGCGAUGGCUUCAAGCAGCGGCACCGAUGUGAUUCAGGUCACCAACGUCUCCCCAAGCGCCAGCUCGGAACAGAUGCGGACUCUCUUCGGCUUCCUGGGCAAGAUCGAAGAAUUGCGCCUCUUCCCUCCCGAUGACUCCCCUUUGCCUGUUUCUUCCCGUGUGUGUUUUGUAAAGUUCCAAGAACCUGACUCAGCAGUUGUGGCUCAGCACCUGACAAAUACUGUAUUCGUUGACCGAGCAUUGAUAGUCGUACCCUACGCAGAAGGAGUUAUUCCUGAUGAGACUAAGGCUUUAUCUCUCCUGGCACCAGCUAAUGCUGUGGCAGGCCUUCUACCGGGGGGUGGACUCCUGCCUACACCUAACCCACUUUCUCAGAUCGGUGCUGUUCCUCUGGCUGCUUUAGGAGCUCCAACUCUAGAUCCAGCUCUAGCUGCUCUAGGUCUUCCUGGGGCAAACUUAAACUCUCAGUCUCUUGCAGCAGAUCAACUUUUAAAACUUAUGAGCACAGUGGAUCCAAAGCUCAAUCAUGUAGCUGCAGGCCUUGUUUCACCAAGUCUGAAAACAGAUACCUCCAGUAAAGAAAUAGAAGAAGCCAUGAAACGAGUACGGGAAGCACAAUCUCUGAUUUCUGCUGCUAUAGAGCCAGAUAAAAAAGACGAUAAAAGAAGGCAUUCAAGAUCCAGGUCGCGUUCAAGGCGAAGAAGAACACCUUCUUCUUCCAGACAUAGACGGUCACGAAGUCGAUCCAGAAGACGGUCACAUUCAAAGUCAAGGAGCAGAAGAAGAUCUAAAAGUCCUCGACGGCGGCGAUCUCACUCCAGAGAACGUACUAGGAGAUCUAGGAGCACUUCCAAAACCAGAGACAAAAAGAAAGAAGAAAAGGAGAAGAAACGAUCUAAAACUCCACCCAAAAGCUACAGCACUGCCAGACGAUCCAGAAGCGCAAGCAGUUUGAUUGUGAGACACUCUUGUUACAGAGAAAGACGUCGCAGAAGAAGCAGAAGUGGCUCUAGAUCCCCUAAAAAGCCUAGGUCACCUAAGAGAAAAGUGUCUAGAUCCCCUUCACCAAAAAGGCAUAAAAAAGAGAAGAAAAAAGAUAAAGAUAAAGAGAGAAGCAGGGAUGAGCGUGAAAGAUCAACAAGUAAAAAGAAAAAAAGCAAAGACAAAGAGAAAGAGCGAGAGAGGAAAUCAGAAAGUGACAAAGAUGUCAAACAGGUUACAAGGGAUUAUGAUGAAGAAGAACAAGGCUAUGAUAGUGAAAAAGAGAAAAAGGAAGAAAAAGCCGCUGAUUCCACUUCCCCAAAGCUUAAGGAGUCCCCGGAGAAAGGGGGUGGUGAACCAAGGGAGUCCAAGGUCAAUGGAGACGAUCAUCAUGAAGAGGAUAUGGAUAUGAGUGACUGAAUGUUGCCUUUCCCAUGAAAACAAUUGGCCACAUGCAUCAGUGUCAUUCCUGUGUGAUUCCUUUAUGCUGUACUUGUUUAACCUUCCAAACUAGAUGUAUACAGCUGUAACUAUACAUGGUUGUAAAGCGCCUAAUAUUAAAUAAUUACAUCAAAAGUUUUAGAGAAA